AUGAGCAGCGGGGCUGGUAAGGUCGUCUGCGUCACCGGUGCGUCCGGUUACAUUGCUUCAUGGCUCGUGAAGCUUCUUCUUCAAGGCGGUUACACUGUCAAGGCCUCUGUUCGCGACCCAAAUGAUCCAACUAAGACAGAGCACUUGCUCGGGCUUGAUGGAGCUCAAGAGAGACUUCAACUCUUCAAAGCAAAUCUAUUGGAGGAAGGUUCUUUUGACUCUGCUGUUGACGGUUGUGAAGGGGUUUUCCAUACUGCUUCUCCCUUUUAUCAUGAUGUCACAGAUCCAAAGUCUAUCAGACGGGUGGUCUUGACAUCUUCUAUAGCUGCAGUUGCAUAUAACGGAAAACCUCGAACUCCUGAUGUAGUUGUUGAUGAGACUUGGUUUACUGAUGCAGAUUUUUGUAAGGAAUCAAAGCUAUGGUAUGUGCUUUCAAAGACUUUGGCUGAGGACGCUGCCUGGAAAUUUGUAAAGGAGAAGGGUAUUGACAUGGUUACAAUUAACCCUGCAAUGGUGAUUGGUCCUCUGUUACAGCCAACACUUAAUACAAGUGCUGCAGCAGUUUUGAAUGUUAUUAAAGGAGCUCGAACAUUUCCCAAUGCAAGUUUUGGAUGGAUUAAUGUUAAAGAUGUUGCCAAUGCACAUAUUCAAGCAUUUGAGAUUCCUUCAGCUAGUGGCAGAUAUUGUUUGGUUGAGAGAGUUGCACACUUCUCGGAAGUUGUGAGAAUUUUACAGGAGCUCUACCCUGGUUUGCAACUUCCAGAGAAGUGUGCGGAUGAUAAGCCUUUUGUGCCAACAUAUCAGGUGUCCAAGGAGAAGGCAAAGAAGUUGGGUGUUGAAUUCAUUCCAUUAGAAGUUAGCCUCAAGGAAACAGUUGAAAGCCUGAAGGAAAAGAAUUUCGUCAAUUUCUGA